AUGUACCCUUUCAACCUCCAAUCAUUCGCUGCUGAUAGCCACUGCGCUGUGGCCAUCUGCCUUGGAGAGACUCCCCUCAUUGACCCAGACAACGUCUGCGAUCUCGUCAAGUCUCUCCAGGAGAAGUUCACCAUCAUCGCCUUCCUGAUCUGCGACGAAAUCCACAAGUACGAGAUGAUGAUACCUCGAAACAUGACAAUUACAAGAGCUCAACGACUAGCUAUCAGAAAGGGCGAUGAAAUAGAUGCAAUUCUCAAUACCGCGUUCAAACGUCUUAACCAAAAUGGCCAGCUGUCAUCCAACUUGACUAUCCUGCACUGGUCUCAGAUCGAAGACCAGGACUAUCAGAAGAUUCACCACGUUAUGUACCAAUACCGGAAGAACUUUGAUGAGGAACUCCGCGCAAGCUCUGGGUUCUACAUCAAGCGUCGCUUGGCUCUCAUAGGAUUCAACUAUGAAGAUCGCCAAUACACCACGAUUUUCCAUCCCGUCUACCCUCGGAAGAAUCCUGAUGGGUCAGCUGGCAGCGCCAGCUCCGCGUAUGUCUCACCGAUCGAUACUGUUGUGCAGGCCUACCGUAGAAAUCCUGAUGUCGUACGUGAUAUCUCCCGCUUGGCCCCGCACAAGGAGGCUGGCAAGGUGACGCGCGUUUUCUUUGACAGGCCUGUUCGAGGAGAAGUUAAGGAGAAGACUUGCGCGAAUGGUCUGGAAGCGCCAUUGGUAGAGGCUGUGGUUAUCUCUUAA